AAGUCACGCGAAGAAUCUAGAACAGAAGCUGUGUUUCUCUCUGAACAUCCCAAACGACGGUGGAGAAAUGGCGGCUUCCGCGGUGGCAGCGCCGACGAGGAACGAAGUCUUGUGGUUAUACCGGUCUCUGCUACGCGUGGCGCGCCAGUUCUGCGAUUACAACAUCAGGGAGUACACCAAACGGCGAACCAUCGACGCGUUUCGGCACAACCAGAAACUGACGGACUCAUCCAAGGUCGCAGCCGCUUUCGCCGACGGGAAGGCCCAGCUUGAGGUGGCGAAACGGCAAUGUAUCGUGUACUCGCUCUACGCCCCUAAGGUCAAGAGCGUCAUGGAUGUCAAACGGAGUGCGUAAAUUGGGCGGCGAUUAACGAUUUUUUUGGGUAUUUAAUUUCUUAGUUCUCGUUUAGUUUAAAACAAAUUAUUACGUGUUUCCAGAAUUUAAAUAUUUUUAUGUUUGAAAUUGAGAAUUUAAGCUACGUUGUUUAGGGCACAAUUGGGCAACUGCUAUCUAUUUGUGAUUUUUGUUUGAUUGGAUUGACUCAGUUGGCUCGUUUGUAUUGGCCAAAUUGGAGUUAAUGGUGUUUCAGCCUCAAUUGAUUGAAAAAAUAGUGAGGAAUUAGAGCUGGUUUUGGAGUUUUGGAGAUUGGGAUGCAUCCUCUUCAUCGCUAAGAAAGAAUUAUUUUAAUU